GAAGGAGGGGAGCUGGGCGUCCCUCCCGGCCUUCGCCGCCGCUCGCUGGGGGCUGAAGCGGCCGCCCAAACCGAGCCCGGGCGCCACGAUGAGGGGUAUCCCGGGCUUGAAGCGGCUGCGGCUCAAAAUCUGGCGGCGAUGCACCCUGGUGCUCCUCCUCUUCUGGGCUGCCUGCUGGGUGGUGGUGAGCGCCCUGCUGUUCCUCCUUCACCGGAGCGUCUUCUCCGAGCGCUGCACGGACGAGAAAAGCCACCGGAUCCUGGCGAGGCUGUGCCUUGACUACACCAGUGGAGCCCUGACUGGUGACCUCUGUGAAGACCUGUGUGUGGCACAGAAGCUGGUGUACAAACACUGCCUUUACUACGACAGAGGUAAGAAGGUCAUCCAGGCUGACUGGAGAGGCCAGCCCAUCAUCCUGAAAUCCAAGAAGGAAAUCUUCUCCAACUACCAGCAUCUCAGUCUGCUAGAGGAGGUGGAAACCCAGGAUAUUACUGAAACAGAACUUCUGCUGAUGGUGGCUUUGGAGGUCAAAAAUGUCCUGGGGCUAGAACUGUCUAACAGUACUGUGGGACCCCUGUGGACAAGGAAGAAGGGACCACAUUGGAAAGCACAAGUGGCCAGCAUGUGGUCCUUGCUCCAGCAGGAGGAAUAUAUCUACUUCAGUUUGCUGCAGGACUUCAGCAAACACAUGCUACGAAUUAUUGGCUCUUGUGGGCACUUUUAUGCUGUGGAGUAUCUCACAGCUGGACAUGCCUGGCACAAAACUCUUUUUCCCUUGGAAAACAUGGUUGGUCCCUCCCUUGUAGGCCACAGAAGCAGGGUGAGAGCCAUCAUUGACAUUGCACUCAGCUUUCUGGACAUGGUGCAGCAUUUUGAUAAUGAUUUCUCUCACCGACUUCACCUGUGUGACAUCAAACCAGAAAACUUUGCUAUCAGGCAUGAUCUCACGGUGGUGGCCAUUGAUGUGGAUAUGGCCUUUUUUGAACCCAAAAUGAGGGAUAUCCUCGAACAGAACUGCACAGAAGAUGAAGACUGUAAUUUCUUUGAUUGUUUUUCAAAAUGCAAUCUGAAAACCAGAAAAUGUGGAGCACAGAGAGCCAAUAACAACUUGCAGGUAAUUUGUGACAAAAUAUUCCGUCGCUGGUUUUUCCCAGAUCUCAGAGGACCAUCGGUUUCCCUCCCCCUGCAACUGCAGCUGCAGAAGGCUGUGCAGGAGUGCGCUGAGCCAGGGCACGGGGACACUGCCAGGCACCAGAGGACUCCGAAAUCUCUCUCCAAGUUAUAUCACCUGCUUCGGGUCACUCAGCAAGAACUGCAAAGGGCAGAGUAGACACAAACAGCAGAACUGCAAAGGCCACAUCCCAGCCACUGCUGAGGGAUGUGGUAUAUGAGGAAGCCUGUGUUUUCUUUCUGUCUUCCAUCCUUCCAAUCCAUUGUACUACCUUUACAGCACAUGGAUUUUUUUUUUCUUCUUUGCAAAUGAAAUUCAUGGCUGCAGGUGCAGUAUGUCCUGUUAAUAGCCUUUCAAGUGUUAAAUUGUUUUACUUUACCUGGAUUAUCUUCUUGCUUAUUUUCCUGAGCUAGGGCUUGUGCUCUCCAUCAGCAUUCAGCAUAUCAUUUGCUUGCCAAGAGCUGUAGCUCUGAUAGCAUCUGUCUGAGUGGGGUGCUCAGAAUGAGGAUGCAUUUACAGAAGCAAAGUGUUAGUAAGUGCAGCAAAAUGAGUGUCAAUAAUGAAAAUAUUGUGUGGGUGCGGUUAAGUACGUGUCUGGUGUUUGAUUUAAUUUCUCUGUAGAAUUAGGGUUUUAAAAGCAGGGACAGAGUGUUCUCAGCAUGAAAAAAAACAACCUCAAAUUGGGAAAUGUCUUAUCACAUGAGCUGAAGAGUUCCUUUUGUACAAAUCAGUCCUGUCUUAUGCCCCCAAAUGCAUUUUCUGUGGUGUCUUGCAUUACGUGUGCCAUAGCUAACUUUCUGGGGAGAAACGAUAUGAAGGUACUUAGGACUUUUCUAAUAAUAAUGUUUCUAAAAUAAUUAUCCCCUUGUUGAGUUCCCAUAUGGGUACUAAUAUUCUUCAGUGGUAUGAAUAAUGCUACUGAAUUUUCCUAUGUGAACAAGCCCUCAGGCAAUUGAACAUCAGAACACUUGAUAAAAAGCACUCCUUUGCCAGAGAGCAGAAUUACCCAGGAAUGCCAACAAUCUGUCCUUUGCACUGAACAGAACAAUAUCCAGACCUGGAGUUUUCUUGCAGAGUGUUUUUUUAAUGAACAAAAGAAAAUAUUUCAUAAGAAUUCAUCAUUGUGCAAUCACUUACAUAAAUAAAGAUCCCUAGAUUAACCCAAGGUCUUUAACUUUACCUUGCAAACAUGUGUAGCUAUGGCCGGAGAAUCUAACACGAGGAUUCAGAAGAUGUUGCAUUUAUUUAGGCCAAGUACCCAUGAGCUGGUUUUGGCAUGAAGAUGUUAAAAACCCCACAAACAGAAAAAACAACAGCCUGGGACAGCCCUCAGCCCAGAACUCUUCAAUAUGGAUACUGGCAAUACUGGUUUGUGGAUAUGAGACACAUAACAGAACCUAAUCUUUCUUGUCUUUAGAUCUCUCAGCCUUAUGACAGCUCUGAAGCCUAAAUAUCAAUUUCUGAAGUUGCUAUUUAAAGGUAUGUUUAAGGCUGCCGGUGACCAGAAAAACGUGAGCUGCUUAAGAGACCUUGACACUUAUCAAAAACUAGCUCAAAAUUCCAAACUAGUGCUAGUUUUUCUUCUGUUUCUUGCAUUAAACUAUCAUGAUUUUAAAAAUUACUGAGGUCCUGAAAAAGCUCAAAAAGAGGGCAAGGCUGGUGGCCUUGCCUGGAGCUGAACUGAAGACAGGCUGCUGCUAAGCCAGAGCUACAAGUCAGGAGUCCUUGACUCAUAAAGUUGUUCACGGUCUGAGCUACUAACCAGUGAGACAGACAAUGUUUCAAUACUUCAGGGUCAUCCUUUGGAAAAGCAGGAAAGCAAAACAGAAAAGGAAGAAACCCAGAUUCCAGAAGGAGUCCUGUUACAAAGCUGUGAAACUGAUGAAAAUAAUUAAGGAUGGAAUCAGAUUAUGGUAAAAGUUUGGUGACAGUUAAAAUAUAGAGUAGAGAGAAGGUGUGGAAACAGAGACAAAGGAGAAAUAGAAAAAUGAAGUAAAAAAAAUAUGGCCCACUUUGUGAAAAUGUGAUUUAUGAUGUAACAUUGAAUGAGCUGGAAUUUAGUCUGGGGAAGAAGAGACUCAAGAGAAGCGCAGUAAAACUUUUCAAAAACAAAAAGUGGCUGUUACAGAAUAGGAGCAAACUGUCCUGUCCAAGUUUCCUUAGUGGAAGUAACAGUGAGUUAAAUUGUAGCAAGGAAUAUUCAGGUUAGACAUUUUUUUACAGGUUUUCUAAUAGUAAGGAACAGUGGAGCUAUGGAAUAAUCUGGGAAAACUUCAGUCCUCAUAAUCCUGAUUUUUAACUACAGGUGAGAGUGAUACCAGGGGUGGUGUAUGUGCAGUUAUGCUGAUGAACUUGCUUUGAGGUAGACUUUUAAUCCAAGACUUGUUAUUCUGUUAUUAUCAGUGCUCUUGCCACUCCCUCACAAUAAAAUCCACCAGUAAUGGUGCAGUAAUGGGUAAA